AUGGCUGCAGCUCCACCAUCCGCUGAUCCCCUUGAUAAAGCAUUGAUUGUUGAUGUGGACCAAUGGAUCGAGCAGCUUUAUGAAUGUAAACCCCUCUCGGAAAAUCAAGUCAAAACAUUAUGCGAAAAGGCAAAAGAAAUCCUGGAGAAGGAACCAAAUGUGCAAGAAGUCCGGUGUCCUGUGACAGUAUGCGGAGAUGUGCAUGGGCAGUUCCACGAUUUGAUGGAACUGUUUAAAAUGGGUGGAAAGAGUCCUGAUACGAAUUAUCUGUUCAUGGGAGAUUACGUAGACAGAGGUUACUAUUCCGUAGAGACCGUCAGUCUCCUGGUCUGCUUGAAGAUCCGUUAUAAGGACCGUGUCACUCUUCUCCGAGGAAAUCACGAGUCUCGACAAAUCACUCAGGUCUACGGGUUCUACGACGAGUGUUUGAGAAAAUACGGAAACUCGAACGUGUGGAAGUAUUUCACAGAUCUUUUCGAUUGUUUCCCACUUACGGCUCUUGUCGACGGACAAAUUUUCUGUCUCCACGGAGGACUUUCUCCAUCUAUCGACACUCUCGAUCAUAUCAGAGCUUUGGACCGCAUCCAGGAGGUUCCACACGAAGGACCCAUGUGCGACCUUCUUUGGUCAGAUCCUGAUGACCGAGGAGGUUGGGGAAUUUCUCCACGUGGUGCUGGAUAUACAUUUGGGCAAGACAUUUCGGAGACAUUUAAUCAUUCAAACGGACUAACGCUGAUCUCUCGAGCUCAUCAACUUGGAUACAACUGGAGUCACGACCGUAAUGUCGUAACCGUUUUCUCUGCUCCAAACUAUUGCUACCGUUGUGGUAACCAGGCCGCAAUGGUUGAAUUGGAUGAUGAUCUGAAGUAUUCGUUCCUCCAAUUCGACCCAGCUCCACGGAGAGGCGAACCACAUGUUACACGCAGAACGCCUGACUACUUUUUGUAG